GACAGCUCCCCAUGGAGGGCCGCGGGCACCGAGGAGGAGGAGGAGGAGGAGGAGGAGGAGGGUCGCCCCUGCCCCCCCACCCCCACCAGCAGCGCGGACGGGGCUCCGGCCGAGGCCAGCCACAGCGAGGCCCAAACCAUGGGAGGGAGGGGCCGGAACGCCCUCGGAAAGGAGCCUUCCGCCUCCAAGGAAACCCUGGGAUGGAGGGACGCGUCGAGCCAAGGCAGGAAAGGAACGCCGGCUCGGGCAGAGUCAUCAUCCCAGAGGGCGGACAAGAUGGCAGGAGAAGAAGCCAGGAUCGUGCCAGGCGGCUGGAGCGGGAGCCUGGGGCUGAAGCCGGACACCGCCGGGGUUUCCUCAGGCUCGGAGAGAACCGCAGCCACAGCUGCCAGUGGGGACCAGGACGCGGCGGGGAUGCCCAGAAGCCGCCUGCGCGCCCACCCCAGAGGAUCGGGCCGGCGUUCUUGGAGGGUCUCCUUGAGAAGGAGCCCUCCGAGGUGGCCAUCACGCUUGCCUCCAGCACGGGCCUGAAGGAGGCGCUGUCCCAGACGGCCAUGGGGCCCCGAUUCCUGCAGCUCCUUUGCCAGGUUCUGCGCAGGACCUGCUGCUCCCGGAUGGACCGGAAGAGCAUCCAGCAGGUCCUGGGGCUGGUGAAGGAGUCCAGCUUCCUCCAGAUCUGCCUGCCCCGGUACGUGACCGCCAUGCUGACCGAGGCCGUGCCGGCCGUGCGCCACCAGUUCCCGGAGCACAUGGGCAGCAUCCUCGCCCUGGUCCAGGAGCUGGUGAGCAUCUUCCCCGCCAGCUCCAUCCGCCAGGUGACCCUGCUGAUGUCCCUCUUGCCGGCCUCGGUCAACGCCCUGCGAGCCUCCGGCGUGGACUUCCCGGAGGAGACAGAGAAGACCCUGGAGAAUCUCCAGGGCUACAUCCGGCACCUGCAGGAGAGGCGGCGGGAGGGCACCCUGCGGGUCGACAGCCACACCCUGGUGCCGGCAUCCCCGGGAGAGCGGGGGGAGGACGGGGAGGAGGAGCGGGAGGACUACCGCACCCUCUCCAUCUUUCCCACCUACGAGGAGGUGCACCAGGAGAAGAAGCCCCUGCUGCGCCCCAACCUCGUGGCCCAGCCCUACGAGAGCCCGGCCGUCUACCUGGACACCCACUUCCGGCUUCUGCGGGAAGACUUUGUCCGGCCCCUCCGGGAGGGAAUCCUGCAGCUCCUCCUGCGUUCCGAAGACCAGGGCCUGAGACGGCUGAAAUUCGAUGACAUUCGGGUUUACUUUGACACCCGGAUCCUCAGCCCUCUUUGCUCCGUGAAUGGCAUUGAGUACAAGGUGCAAUUUGACACCAAGCCCCUGAAGUUUGUGCGUUGGGAGAACUCGAAGCGCCUGCUCUAUGGCUCUCUGGUCUGCCUGUCCAAAGACCACUUUGAGACCUUCCUCUUUGCCACCAUCGCCCAGCGGGAAGGCCAGGACCUGCGGAAGGGCCUCGUGCACCUUGCCUUCAGCGAGCGCAGCCGGCCCCUCCUGGCCGAGGUCCAGCCCACCGACGCCUUCCUCAUGGUGGAGACCACGGCCUACUUCGAGGCCUACCGGCACGUCCUGCAGGCGCUGCAAGAGAUGCGGCACCAGGAGGUCCCCUUCCAGAAGUACAUUGUCCGCUGCGAGGCGCAGGUGACGGAGCCGGAGUACCUGGCACGGGGCGGCGGUGGCGGCUACGACCUCAGCUGCCUGCUGCAAAAGCCGGGGCCCCGGCAGCGGCAGGAGGAGGUGGCUGCCGCUCCAGAGCCCCUCAGGGGUCUUGGAAGGAGUCCCAAGAUUGACAUCCUUGACCCCCAGCAGUGGCCCACAGAGGAGGCCUUGGGCUUGGAUGAGUCCCAGCUGCAGGCCCUCCGGCUGGCUCUGACCAAGGAGCUGGCCAUCAUCCAGGGGCCUCCCGGCACAGGGAAGACCUACGUUGGACUGAAGGUCAUGGAGGUCUUGCUGAACAACCCAGCUCUCCGUGGGAGGUCUCCCAUCCUUGUCGUGUGCUACACCAACCACGCUCUGGACCAGUUUCUCGAAGGGAUCCACACCUUCCUGACGAGGGGGAUUGUGCGCGUAGGAGGAAGAAGCAACAGCGAGAGCUUGAAACAGUUCACGCUACGGGAACUUCGGAACAAACGUGACAUUCGGAAAUGGCUGCCAGGCCACCUUCGACAGGCGUAUGCCAAUGUGUCUGGAGAGAUGCGGGAAGCGCAAGUCAGUCUGGAACAAUGGGGGGCCCAGCUGGAGUGCAGCCUCCGAGGGAUCCUACACGAGCGCCACCUGAAGAGCCAUGUGGCCGACGGACACUGGGAGAGUCUCGUGCGUGGCUGCGCCAGGGAAUGGAUGAACCCCAAGGACUCCCUGAUCCUGGAGUGGCUGGGCCUGAGUGCCUCGUCCUUCGGCCAGAGUGACCCCGAUGGAGACGAGGCGUCGCCUGCUGACUCUCAAGAGGAAGAGGAAGAGGCAGCCUUGCUGCAGAUCGCAGGGGAGGCGGAGCUGAUUGAGGCUGAGCGGCUGCUUGACCAGGACGAGGAAGGGCGUGCGCGCUCUCGGAGGCGGUUGCGGGACUGGGAAAGGGCUCAGCUGGACGACCUCUUUCUGGCAAUGACUCUGGCAGACAAGGAAGGGGGGGAGGAGGAAGAGGAAAACCCAGACAGCCCCCACUGGGAGUUCCAGCGCCACCAGAAGAAGGCCAUGAAGCAGCGGAUGAAGGCCGAGCUGCAGAAGCGACAGGCGAUGACUGAGGCAGAGGCUUCGGAUGUCAGGGAUGUGUGGCAUCUGGACCGGGGUUCCCGCUGGCAGCUGUACAGGUACUGGCUGCAGAAGUACCAGGCAGAGAUCCGGCGGAGGAUCCUGGAGCACGAGGAGGUGUACCAGGGAGCAGCAGACCGGCUGGCGGAGCUGCGGCUGCAAGAGGACCUGCUGAUCCUGCAGGAGGCCCAGGUGGUGGGGAUGACCACCACAGGAGCCGCUCGGUACCGGCAGGUCCUGCAGCAGGUGGCCCCUCAGGUGGUGGUGGUGGAGGAGGCGGCCGAAGUCCUGGAGGCUCACACGGUCACCACCCUCAGCAGCGCCUGCCAACACCUCAUCCUCAUUGGGGACCACCAGCAGCUGCGGCCCAGCGCCAACGUCUUUGACCUGGCCCGAAACUUCAACCUGGAGGUCUCCCUCUUCGAGCGGAUGGUGAAAGUCGGCCUCCCUUUUGUCCGGCUCAAUUUCCAGCACCGCAUGCGGCCAGAGAUUGCCCGUCUCCUCACGCCGCACAUCUACCAGGACCUGGAGAACCACCCAUCUGUGCUCCAGUACGAAAACAUCAAGGGCGUCUCGUCCAACCUUUUCUUCGUGGAGCACAGCUGCUUGGAGCAGGAGAUCCAAGAAGGGAAGAGCCACCAGAACCUCCACGAGGCCCAGUUUGUGGUGGAGCUGUGCCGAUACCUGUUGCACCAGGGCUACGCGCCCUCCCAGAUCACCAUCCUCACCACCUACACGGGGCAGCUGUACUGCCUGCGGAAACUCCUGCCCGCCAAGACCUUCCAGGGGGUGAAGGUCCACGUGGUGGACAAGUACCAGGGGGAGGAGAACGACCUCAUCCUCCUCUCCUUGGUGCGGAGCAACGCGGAGGGGCGGGUGGGCUUCCUGCAGAUCCCCAACCGUGUCUGCGUGGCCCUUUCCAGGGCCAGGAAGGGCCUCUACUGCAUCGGCAACAUGGCCAUGCUGGGCAAGGUCCCUCUCUGGAGCAAGAUCCUCCACGUCCUGAGGGGGAAGGGCCAGGUCGGCCCGGCACUGUGGCUGUCGUGCCAGAACCACCCCGAGACCAAGACGGACGUCGCCCAGCCCAAGGACUUCCAGAAGGUGCCCGAGGGCGGCUGCAGUCGCCCCUGCGAGGCCCGGCUCAGCUGCGGCCACGUCUGCCCACGGGCGUGCCACCCCUAUGACCCUGAGCACAAGGAGAUGCAGUGCCUGAAGCCGUGCCAGAAAGUGUUGUGCCCAGAAGGGCACCGCUGCCCUUGGCAGUGCUUCAAGCCGUGCGGAAAGUGCCAGGUGAAGGUGCCCAAGACCCUGCCCACGUGUGGCCACCAGCAGGAGGUCCCCUGCUCCGUGCCUGCGGAGGCCUUUUGCUGCCAGGAGCCCUGUGAGAAAGUCCUGCGGUGCGGCCACCGCUGCCGCCAGACCUGCGGCCAGGAAUGCACCCGCCGCUGCCAAGAAACGGUCCAGGCGGCCCUGCCGUGCGGGCACCGCCAGAAGGUCCCCUGCGCCACCGCUGCAGACCUUCGAGAUGGGAGGCCUGUGCCGUGCUGGGAGAAAUGCCCCGGCGCCCUGGAGUGUGGCCACCCGUGUCCAGGCUCCUGCCACGCCUGCUUUGGCGGCCGCUUCCACAAGCUGUGCCGAAGCCCGUGCGAGCGCCUCUUGAUCUGCUCCCACAAGUGCCAGCAGGCCUGCACCAGCGACUGCCCGCCCUGCCCACUGCCCUGCCAGAACCGCUGCGUCCACAGCCGCUGCCUGAAGACCUGCGGGGAGGCCUGCACCCCCUGCACGGAGCCGUGCGAAUGGCGCUGCCGGCACUACCAGUGCAGCCGGCUGUGUUCGGAGCCUUGCGACCGGCCACGCUGCGACAGGCCGUGCCCGGAGCGCCUUCCGUGUGGGCACCCGUGCGCAGGGAUCUGCGGGGAGCCGUGCCCCAAGAAGUGCCUCGUCUGUGACCACGAAGAGCUGACACAGAUCUUCUUUGGCUUUGAAGAUGAACCUGGGGCGCGGUUUGUCCAGUUGGAGGACUGCGGCCACGUCUUUGAGGCCCAGGGCCUGGACUGCUACAUGGAGGAUGGAGAAGACGACGACGACGGGGCGGCCAUCCGGCUGAAGGUCUGCCCCAGCUGCCAGACGCCCAUCCGGAAGAACCUGCGCUAUGGAACUCUGGUGAAGAAGAGGCUGUCCGAGGUGGAGGCGGUGAAGGAGAAGAUCCGAGGCCACCCGGCAGAAAUUGCCGCCCGAGCACAGGGGCUGAAGGCCGAGCUGAAGGGGAAAGCGGGCCUGAGGGCCUCUCUGCUUGAAGAGUACCUACAGCUGCUGCAGAGGCUGGGGGAACCGUCCCUCUCCCUCCAGAGCCUGGCCCUCACAGAGCACCUCAUGGGCUUCUAUGGGCGGCUGGCCGAGUUGGAAGGCGCCCUGAAGAAGGUGGCGCCCGCUGAGAUGGCAGGGCCAAGGGCGCGCAUGGCGGAGGUGGCAGGCUGGCUGAAAAGGCCCCGCCUCAGCUUCACCAGCCAGGAGCUGUCGGAGCUUCAGAGCGAAUUCCAGCGCUUGACUUACCUGGUGGAUCUCCUGGCCAGGUGCAAGGCGGCUGGAGGGAACAGGGGCGCCUCCACGGAGGAGCUCAUCAGCACCGCCCGGAAGCUGCUAGAGGGGCCUGGCAGGUUCACCCCAGAAGAGGAGGAGCUGGUGAAAGCCAAGAUGGAGGCUCUGAAGGCCGUCCUGCCGCCGGCCUCUGGGCUGGGCAUCUCUGAGGAAGAGAGGAAGCAGAUAGUCGCGGCCAUCACGCCAAACACCCGCGGCCACUGGUUCAAGUGCCCCAAUGGCCACGUCUACGUGAUUGGCGAGUGUGGAGGGGCCAUGCAGAAGAGCCGCUGCCCGGAGUGCCAGGAAACCAUUGGUGGUGAAAAUCACGCCCUGGAUCCCAGCAACCGACUUGCCCCCGAGAUGGACGGGGCAACUCACGCGGCCUGGUCCGAUGCGGCCAACCACCUCCUCGAAGCGGCCCGGUUGCAGUGGCGCUUUUGAGAAGGCUCUGCUUGGCCCUCUUGGGCUCACCGGCUCUUCUCCCCCAGGAGGUGACCCCGGCCCUUCUCUGUUCCUGCACGCAUGACUUUCGGCUCCCUUGCACGUUGGCUCCCUUCUCAGAAGGAACUGGUCUACUCGAAUCACCCGACAAAGCCAGCAGGGACGGCUGAGGGGCCUCACGCCGAGAGAGGCCCGGAAAGAAAGAACAAGUAACUGGGCCUUCUCGGCAGUGGCCCCUCGGCUGGGGAAUAAUCUACCAAGAGCAAUCCGCUUGGCUCCCUCGCUAGGUCUUUUUAAAAGCCAUUUAAAAACUUGGCUCUUUAGGCAGGCCUUCCCUCCAGUCAAUUAACUGUUUCGUUUCUUUAAUUUCCCAUCUUGAUAAUGUAUAUAUCCACUAGUUAGUUGCUUGUAUUAUUAGGUUUUAGUAACUGUAUUAUUCUAUUGUAUUUUAUCAUUUUUUGUAAGCUGGCCCGAGUAGACUUUGUCUAGAGGGGCGGGGUAUGAAUCUAAAUAAAGAGAAAUAAAGAGAAAAGAAGAAAGGGAACAUGCAUGAAUCAGUCGCAGGAGAGAUGAGAGGGUUUCGGGCAGAUUAGGGGGAUAGCAAAGCUUUCUCACUUUUAUGCUCCUAAGAGUCUGUCGUCAGCUGGCAUGCAGCAUCCUGGCCAUGCCCUUGGCAGUGAAAUGCUUGGGAGGGUCCCUCGGACUCUCUCGCUUUCUCUCACAGCUUCAGAACGCAGGGCGGGAGAGGCAACCCCUCCUGUAGGAGCUGCUUCUGAGCCCAAGGCGGCUGCCCCUGGUGCUGAAUGGCAGCCAAGACCACAGACUUAAGACCCGUAGAAGCCACGAUCUGGACUAGUAGCAGUCUUAUUGGCCGAGUGUCACGAAACUGGAAAAUGACGGUUCCUGAUGAUGGUUCCAGACACCUUUGAAACUCAGCCUGCUAGCAUGUGCUGGGAUGGGUUGGCCGCAAGAGAGGGGGAAGAGACGGCCUGUUAAUGGGAAGGGUUUGCCAGCUGUGUCUUCUCUGCGUGAGGAGGAAUUUCCGAAGGCCAUCACUCACUCACUCCUGGUACCAGCUCAUUAAGAGGAACCAGUUUCAGCUCUAGGGAAAGGAAGGAGAAGGAGUUAAGUUACUUUUGGGGAAAGUUCCUUCUAGAACAUUGAAAAGGUCUGGAAAGGUGGCCAAUGGGUAUAAAAAUUGAAAUGGGAAUUUGCUUUCUUUAGCCUAGUUUCUGUGAGGGGAGUGUUAUGCUUACCUGCUGCCCUGCUACUUGACUUACACUUGGCAUAAGCUCUGGAAGCAGCCUAGGAUAGUUAGUUCUCUCAUAUUCUAUGGGAAUGGUUCUGGAACUACCCGUUGU